AUGGGCAGAGGCUCUCGCUACACGAUCUCGAGGAAUCAUCGCGGCCCCAGCAGAGCGUCUGCUGCGUCUCACACGCCUCACCAUGCUUCGGGGCAGACCACUUCUCACGCUCCAGCACCGACACAGCAUGCCAAGCCCGCUGCCGAGCCCGUGGCUCAGACCACGGAGUCUUCAACCGACCCUUCAUCAGCAUCGCCGCCAGUACCCACCGAUCCAGCCGUGCACGUCCCCGCCAUCGUCCCCGAUGCGCCUCAGGACGUGCUCCAGUCCUCCUCUCCCUCCUUCUUUGGCGCAACCCGCUUGCUUACCCAAUCGGCCCUGGUCGUCACACGCGAGAUCGAGAUGAUGAACAUCUUCCUUGGCUUUGAGCAGGCCAACAAGUAUUCCAUCCACGCCCCAUCCGGCGAGCUGGUGGGCUACCUUGCCGAGGAGGAGCAGGGUCUGCUUGGCGGUGCGUUGCAACGACAGCUCCUGCGGACGCACCGACCCUUUCGUGCCACAGUGAUGGAUACACAGGGCAAGCCAGUGCUCAUGAUUCGCAGGCCGUUCACGUGGAUCAAUUCCACAGCGCACAUUUAUGCGGUGAGGGAGGAUUAUCCGGCUGGGUACGGCGCCCCGCAGGAUAAGGAUCUGGAGCUGAUUGGGGAGGUGCAGCAGCGGUGGCAUUUGUACAGACGGAAGUACGAGCUUUUCCUCAAGAGACGUGGGGAGGAGGGAGAGAGCUUUGUGCAGUUUGCCGGCAUCGACGCACCGUUGCUCAGCUGGGCCUUCCUCAUGCAAGACGCAGACGGUAAGCUCGUCGGUGCCAUCGAUCGCAAUUUCAGAGGCCUUGGGAGGGAGAUCUUCACCGACACAGGCCAGUACGUGUUGCGCUUCGACUCGGUCGGCGAGACAGCGAUGACAGACGCUCGACUUGCCGCUUCAGCCGCCUCAGAUGGGCCUCAGAACAAGCAGACCGGAAUUGCGGAAGGCAUGGAGCUGGUCGAGAGCCACGGUACACGCGCGCUGACACUCGACGAGCGGACCGUCGCACUUGCCACGGCAGUCAGCAUCGACUUUGACUAUUUCAGUCGCCACUCUGAAGGCAUGCACGGAGGAGGAGGCAUGUUCCCUUGGAUGAUGAUGCCCGGCAUGGGUGGAGGAGGACAGCCGGCGGAAACACCACAAGGCGGGCCGAAUAACGAGAACGUUCCGCAGAACCCCGCUGCCGGAGACGGCGGCUUUGGAACAGGUGUCGCGGGAGGAGCGAUUGGAAACGGAAUGGACUAUCCAUACGGCGCAUCUGACUCGGGCAUGAGCGAGGACGGCAGGCUUGGUCAGCCACCUUCAAAUCCGAACGACUACGGGCAGGAUCCAAUGCCUCCCCCGCAACAGCAGAACGAAAGCCCGUGGUGGAGCUCAGAACAGCAACAGCAGGGCGGAGGGGAGGUGUGGGGCGAAGGAAGAUCCGACCCCUGGGCCGGUGCUGGAGACACGCAGCCACAACAGGAAGAGAGCUUCUGGGGAGGCUGGGGCGGUGGUGGAGGUGAUAGUGACGGUGGUGGUGGUGGCUGGGGCGGCUUCUUUGGCGAUGAGUGA